AUGGAGGCAGGUGAUCCAGAAAUACCUCGUUUCAAGAAUUUUGACCGGAGCCGUUUGAAGGCCGCUGCUACAAAAGAGACAAAGUUUUCGGAGGCGGCAGCUAGCGACAGAGACUUUGAAAGAGAACGGGACAGAAAAAUAUUAGUAGACGAUUUGAAAUGCGGCGGUACUGACAGAGGAGCGUCAUCGAUUGGCUAUCAUUCAAGCAAGUCUGAAGCGCAGAAGGAAAUGUACUAUCGAAGAGAUAGAAAACACAGAGAGGGAGAAUCAGCUGCGCUUGAAGAAGGGACAGAAGACGGGGUAAAGCAAAGCGCUAAAAAGCGAAAAAAGGCUCAUCGUCGCCGAGAGGAAUUGGAGGAUGGAGAGAUAGCUUCGUGGAGCGCGAGGGAUAGAUUGAGCAAACUGAACUCGGUUGAAAUGAAGGCAGCGCGUCUGGAGUUAGGAUCGGCAAGAGAAAAAACGCGUGUUGCAUUUGGUGUUACAUCUGAAAGGGAAACUUGGAACAAAAAACAGGAAGACCUAGGGAAAGUGUCGAAUGAAUAUCAUGAGGAGCAGUUUUGGAUUGAUUUGAAAUUUAACAAAAAUUGGAUGUUUUGCGACCGGCUGCCCGGCGUACCAAAGUAUGAAAAGUUAGGUGAUUAUACGAUGGGUGCAGCGGGUGGUGGGCUGUCCAAGUGGGAAACUUCAAAAGGGGGGGUGAAUAUGGGAGCGAAAAACAAUGGGCUAGAGAGCGCGUCUUUUGGCGGGGGUAAAUCAAGAGAGCCAAAAAAAAAAAAGAAAAAAGAGGAGCUGCGUUAUUAUGACAGGCUGGUUCAAGCAAAGCUAGCUAGCACAAGCAUUGAAGAUGUGAAGAGGAAGGGUAUUGAUACGAGUUGUAAGGAAAUGGAGGAGGCGGUGAUUGAGAUGUCACAGGACUUGAAGGAUGGUUCGAAUCAGAUGGAUGAAGUGAGGGGAGGCAGCAAGAGACAAGAACUGACUGUUGAACAAGAGAUUUUGGUUCAAGCUAAGGCUUUAAAUGAAAAAGUGUUCCGAGAUCCGAGUAAUAUUCAAGCCUGGAGGGAGUUGGUUGAAUUUCAGGAUCAAUAUGCUAAGUUGAUGAGUCGUCCGGCCUUAAAGUCAUUUUCCAGCGUUUCGGGUAUGUCGGAGGACAAGGAAGAGGCUAACUAUGGGCCAAUUUUGGCAAAGAAGUUGGAGAUUUACAAGCAGGCUCUGCAAAAGAAUCCAGGGUCUGAGGACUUGCUGGUUGAGUAUCUGAAUUGUGCAAGAAAGUAUUAUGAUUCGAGAACGAUGAAUGAGAUAUGGGAGCCGUUUUUGAAGAGUCACUCGGCGUUUCCGAAGGUGUGGUUUACUUUUAUGGAUUUUGUUCUGUCAGAUUUUUCUCAGUUUACGGCAACUCGGUUUCGAAAGGCUUCUUCGGAGGCCAUCCAAGCGCUGAGUGCUGGAAAGAGGUAUUAUACGAGGGGCCAUGCGCAGCACAAGAAAUUGGAAGGGUCGUUGCUGAGCGUGUUGAUCAACACUUGUAGAAUAGAGGCAGGGAUGGGAUAUAUUGAAAGGGCGGUGGCUCUGUUGCAGGCGUUGAUUGAGGUUAAUUUUUACACUUUGGACGUCGUGCAAGAGGCCUUCAACAAGGUCGAGACACGCGAAAUGGAGUUUGAGCUAGCUCGGGAAAAGCUGCAAAAUGAGUUCAAGCGUUUUUGGGAUUCCGAGGCGGCUAGAUUUGGGGAGCAGGGCGCCAGGGGGUGGUCUUUUUGGUACGCGGAGCAUCAAGACGAGGUGACGAAGGAAGAGCUGUAUGACCCGUUUACAGAGGACAACAAAGUGGUGAGGAUAGAGGGAGACAAAAUAGUACGAUUGGAGAGAAUAAACGAGCAGCUAAGAGAGCCGUUUUCCGGGACGUUAGGGGGUGUGGCAGCUGAUUCUGAAGAUGAAGGGUCUAGUUCAGCAGGCUCUGCGGACCUGGGCGGCGCAGAGUCGAAGUUGGAGGAGUUGGGGCCGGAAGAAGAGUCGGAGCGUCGUCGUCUUGCGCCAGAGGCAGUGAGGUGCUGGAUUGAGGUGGAAGGGAAUCUGGACGCGGUGAAUUGGUGUUCUUGCAAGGCGGUGGAGCUUCAAAAUGUGGAGGGAGGCGAUGAGGACGUGGAAAGGAUGGUUUUGUUUGAAGACGUUAAGGAGUUUUUGGUUUUGUUUUCUUACGACGAAUUUAAGUUUGAAUGUCUGAGCGCGCUGACUGAAUUGCUGGGAAUAAGAAAGGUGCCUCAGGGGCCCGGUGAGGGGCAAGACCGUCUUUGGUCGAGUUAUGAUAAGGAAAGUGAAUCGGUUUUUUCUUUGUUAUCGAGUCGAUACCCGGAGAUUUGUUCUCAAGCAGACUGUGACCAAAGUGCGAAUACGAUAGAGUCGUGGGAGUGGUUUGACCCGUACGAGCUUGGCAUAGAGCAAGAGUUGUUCACGGAUUCUCCGAGGGCAAGUCUCGCGCGAAAUUCCCUGAACCAGGCGCUCGAGCUUUGCAUUUCGAAAGAUCGCCCAGAUUUGGAGAUGCAGAUAAAGUUAGCGAGCAUAGCGCUGAUGGGGAAGGAAAGGGCUAAGGCGCUGUUGGCAUUGGACGACGCAAAUUUGGUGCUUUGGAACGCGUAUGCUCAGUAUGAGAAGAGGAACAACAGAAUAGACCAAUCUCGUCACAUUUACGAUGUUGCCAUUCAGAGGGCGAUUGGCCAGCCAGACGUUGCGUUGCUUGUUCGUUCCUAUGCGUUGAUGGAGUUAGAAUUGAAUUGUGUAGAAAGGGCGCGUCAUGUUUUGUUUUCAAUCCCGGAGAUGUCGCAUACGCCCUUUAGAGAAGGGACAGAUUUGAGGCGAACAGGCACUCAAGUCCUGAAGGCCCGCAAGAAUUACGAGCGAGUUUUCGCUAAGACAGGCGAUUUGGUCGAGUCUUUCUUGGAGCGACAAGAUUUAGAUCUUAGAUCGGCCAUUGACGUGUUCUUCAACCUCACCGUCUGUUGCGCCUUCUUUGAGUACUUGACGGGUGACGUCGAUCGGAUGGGGUGCGUCGUGGAAGCCGCCAGUCUCCGAGCGCAAAAGUGGCUCAGAGACUUUUCUGUCGGUCGGCUUAAGAACAAGCAGACAGAACAGCGCCUGAUGCGUGCCAACGAGCGUUUGUACGUUUAUCAAGUUAAUCUGAUUCUGACUCAUAUUGCGAGGUGCGGAGUUGCAUACCAACGCGUUUAUCUGAAGGAGGCCGUCCACAAGGCUCUGUGUCUCUAUCCGUGCAACAGGCUGUUCUUGUCUGCGCUCCUGCUCGUCGGACAGCGCACCCAGACGACUGCUCAGCACCACAGGUACUUCGACAAAUGCAUAGCGUAUUUGAAUCGCAGCGAGAAAAGCGCGGAUUUACUGUGGCUGUUCUCGAUUCGGUCGGAAACGCGGUGCGGAAGCGCCAAUCGCGUCUUCAAGAAGUUCGAGCGGGCUUUGGCGUCCGCGUUACACAGGAGGCCCUUCCAGACGACGGACGAGUGGCUUUCGUCGAAGGCGCAUGACAACUACGCCAUCUUGUUGUGGAAGAUGUAUGCGGACCUCGCCCUAGCGCAAGGCAGGGCCAAAGUAGCGAUGGGCAUUUUGUUUCGAGCCAUAGAGAGUUUUCCUUGGGCUAAGUGGCUGUGGCUGGGCAUGAUGAAGAGGGUCGGGCCCUAUUUGAGCUUCGAGGAAACUGCGGAGUUGCUUCGGCUGCUUUGUUCGAAGGAGCUGAGAGUUCGAAGGGGCCUUUGA